GGGACACACCGCGUUCGUCCCUCCGAAGCGCACGCAACGGGAAGGUUAUAAAUUGAAUUUUGCCGGCGUCCAUAUUAACCGCCAGCAUGGACCACAGCCAUAUGGAUGACAGUAGCAACGCUACAUGCACGCAUGCGAUGACAUGGAAUUGGAACACUGUUGGUACAUGUUUUCUUGCGGAGUCAUGGCGCGUUGAGAAUGAGGGAGGAUUUGCAGCAUCAUGCAUUGGUGUCUUUGUUUUAGUCAUAUGCCUCGAAUUCCUUCGUCGAUUGGGCAAGGAAUACGAUAGCUUCAUAUUACGACAAUUUCAACAACACGUAGCGGCGCAAGCUCGCGCAUCAAAGGCAGAGGAUUCAUGUUGUUCCGACACGCCGGCGCUGGGUCCGCAGGUCGUUACUUUCAGGGCGGCGCCCCUGCAGCAGUUGAUCCGCUCUGUUAUACACGCCCUGGCUUUCGGUGUCGCUUAUAUACUUAUGCUUAUAGCUAUGGCGUUUAAUGGUUACAUCAUAAUAUGUAUCAUUAUUGGUGCUGGUGUUGGGAAGUUUUUGUGCGACUGGAUGAUCGCGAAGGUCGUUAUUGGGGGAGAGGGUGAAAAUCAACCAAAGAAAGCAGCCGGUUUGGAAGAAGCGUCUGUAUGCUGUGGUUGAUGAUAUCGUUAAGUUUUAUACCCACUAUGCAUUUGGUAAUAGUUUUGCGCAGGGCAAAUGGACGUUUUAUGAUAAACAAUUUAUAGAAAUUUGUUCGUAUCCCACCACCAAAUGUCCUAGACAAACUAAAUCCUUGAUAUGGAGCCCAAGUUGGUAAACCUGUUAAAGAUGUCGGUGCCAAGCAGAGACUAGAAGGCAAUAUGAAAACAACCUUUCCGACACAAAGGACCUUGCUAUGUCCUAGGACUA